GGCGGGGCCAGUAAUGAGCUGGCACUGCGGGUCGGUUGCGGCUGCCGAGCCUACCCGGUUUGAGAUGCGGUGCAAACGCUGCGCGAAGUGUGCCCAGAUUCACGGUCAGACCUCGGGAGGGACCUGGGAGCGGCCACGGUCCCAAACACCAGACUCACCCUAUGGAACUCUGUCUUGGGCAAGCAUCGUCGUCUGGCCUGCAUCUGAAGAGGCUUUAGGGUUGCUUUAUCCCUAGGAGACCAAGAACUCAAGCUGGGCAAGAGCCUGCCCUGUGCCUCCCUGCCCUGCUUCUUCCCAGGCCUGGGUUGGAUCCAGGACCAGCUGUUCAGUCCCACGCUCUCCUCACAUCUCCAUCAUGACAUCCCUGCUCACGGUGCUCCUGGUGGUUCUAGUGGGCCUGCCUGUGGCCCAGGCUCUGGAGUGUCACGUGUGUGCCUACAACGGAGACAACUGCUUCAAACCCAUGCGCUGCCCGGCCAUGGCCACCUACUGCAUGACCACUCGUACUUACUUCACCCCAUACCGGAUGAAAGUGAGGAAGUCGUGUGUACCCAGCUGCUUUGAGACCGUGUAUGAUGGCUACUCCAAGCAUGCAUCUGCCACCUCCUGUUGCCAGUACUACCUCUGCAAUGGAGCUGGCUUUCCUACCCCAGUGACCUUGGCCCUGGUCCUGGUACUCCUGGCCACCUUCUGGAGCUUGCUGUGAAGCUCUGUUCCCUCAGGCAGACCCACUGAAACGCAAAGCUCUUAAAAGAUACAAAUCGUCCCCUCUCACCUCCUCGCUCCACCCAACCCUCUUCCUUCAGCCACAACAAGAGCCCAUGGCUACCUACAAAAGGACUGAUGGCAUCCAGAUACCUCACCCCGAGGCCAUAACCUUUCAUUUUCAGAAGGCUGAUAUAUGGAUCUAAAUCUCUCUGCCCAGGAUCAGAGGCAUCUGGGAGAGUGCUAUUUGCUGGGGUGGGGGUGGGGUGUCAGUCACACUGAUUUGAAGGAAUUAGUGGCCAAAUUCCACCUUUAUAGCAUCAGGACCCUGCCUCGGUCUACCCAGUAGAGGAUAGGCCUGCUAGAGGGGGACAAAAGAUCACGAACUGUCUAGAAGCAAAGAAAGACUUGGUGGAACUGUCUCCUGCUGAGUCCAGAUGCUGCCCGGGGCAAGUGUGAGGUGGAAGCCUUGUGUGGAAGGCUUUUGUCAUUUCCAGCUCUCUUAGGAAUUCUGCCAGACCUGGUGUCAGGACAGCUCUGGGCUGAGGGUAGCUAGCUAUGGCUUCAUUUCCACAGGCCACUAAGAUCCCUCCAGCCUCAGCAGCUCAGCAGUCCCUGCGACCUCACACAGACUGCUGGGCCUUGAGGCUGGCAGGGACAUGGGGGCAGGCUGCCCAUGCUAUAUUUUGUCUGGCCUGUCCACAGGUCAGAGCUAUUCUGAGCAUGGCAGGAAGGGAACAAAGGCAGGUCAGAGCCAGCUGGUGGGGCAACCGGGACAGCAAAGCAGACUUCAGCUAGCUUCCCAGGUCCUGUAGGCAGCUUCUGCAUCCUCUGAGCUCUCGGUAAAUUAUGCGGAGGCAAAUGCACAGGGAGCCAGCCCAAGUACCGGGUGACUGUCUGUGAAGUCAGCUGAAGACUUCUGGGUAUCAAGAUCCCGAAGAACCCAACCCCGAUUUAGGAGACACCGAUCUGUCUUUUAUGCCAGUGUAGUUGACCCAGGGAGCCUUACCCUCUUCUCUGACUAGUACCCCAACUCAUGUGCCACUGAGGAGACCCCUGAAGCUGGCCCAGCCCAGAGGUCAGGAUGCUGGCCCUUGUCCAUGUCUGGCUAGGAGAGUCUUACUGAUCCCCACGUCCUACUGGUCACACAUCCUGAAUGCUUUUUCUCACACCACCAGCUGUAGGAUCAGGACACAGAGGCCCAUCCUGGGGACCUUCCUCCCUGUUCUUAGGCAGACCUGAGCUCCGCUGCUGAAAGUGAUGUGGUUUUCUGCCUCAGUUUCCUCCUCUGGGGACAGGCCAGUGGGGGAUGGGAGAUAGCCUCCUGCUGAUGGGAACAGGAACUGUGCAGCUUUAUUACAGAGGUGUAUGGGGUGGGAAAUGGCCCAGAAAUGAGGAGGCAGUGACUACCCGGAAAGAAUGUGAGUCUCAUGGGAGAGAGCAGAGGGAGGAGUGCACAUGCGCAUGUGAACACAGUGGCUGCAAAACCCAGAAGGCAACACUGGCUGUGGUGCCCCCUGAGGUCCAGGCAGGAUGCUGGGAGGAAGCCAGUGCUGCCCCCUCCUGAGCUUUCAUAGAAAACACACACACACACACACACACACACACACACACAGAGAGAGAGAGAGAGAGAGAGAGAGAGAGAGAGAGAGAGAGAGAGAAGAAGCAGCAGCAGCAUUGGGACUGACCUAUGGAAGCCACAGGGCCCUUGGUAAGGAGGCGGGCCCCUAACUCAGUGGGUGAGGCCUGGGAAACAUUACCCAGCUUGUGCAAGUCCAUUGUCCCCAGUCAAGGUGGCAUCCUGGGCUAGAACUGGGAGGAGGCCCAAGACCAGGUCCUCCCUCCCACCACAAGGGUUAAUGUGGAACAGGCCCUUGAUUACCUAUUGCUGAGAGUGUAGCAGGGUUUGGAGGGCAGUUUCUUUCACCUGCCUCAUAACAGCAUCUAGAUAGGCCCCACAGUGUCCACACUGCCACCCACCCCUACAGGAAGUAUACCUACCUAGCCUGUCCUUGGUGCUUAGCACAGAGCCCAGAAGGUGCUCAAUUAACACAGGGCCAAGCCUGCCAGUGGGAGGUGCAGGUUAGGGGAACAGCGCCAGAUGGUCUGUCCUGAAUCCUGUCUGGGGUGCUGUGAUAUUGCAGGUGGCUCUGCACAUGCCACAGCAGUUAUGCAAAAUGUGUGUGGUUGGGGGUUCACUACUGCUCCCCUUUGACAGGUAAAGAAACUGAGGCACAGAGGAGUGAAGCACUUAUUUUUCCCAGGCCACCUGGCCUCAUCUGCCUAAUACCAACCUAUUCUACUAUGGGAACUCUUUCAAUAGCUGGGGGUCUUUGAGGAUGCAUGUUGUCAGGAUGACGGUGGCUUCAUAAACCAGAGACUCCCAGAAUGCAACGUCGUAAACGUUUACAAAACUGAGGCCUUAGAAGGGAACAUCAGAACUGGAAGUUCGAGGGGCUGGGGGGGUAGGCCAGGGGUGCCCAGCCCUGUGUGUGGAUACAGAGAGAGGAACACAGGAUGGAAUGGCAGACAGAAGAACAAAGUCACAUCAGCCGUACAAGCUGACUCUGCCUUUGUCAGGGAUAGGGCUCAAGGCAGUGGGUGUGCUCACACUAGGGUAAGCAGUAGCCCCUCAACAUGGAUGGUAUCCAGGAAGGCUGGCGGUGAUUCUCUAAGCAUUGCGUUCUGGAAGCAUUGCAUUUACUGGAGAGAGGCUGCUGGGUGGAACGGUGAUGUCACAGAGCCUAUGUACCUCUGUGGGGUUUGCUGAAGCCGGGCCAACACAUGAAGCUAAAGCAUGCCGAAGAACACAGUGAGGUGUCCGGUCUAGCCCACCAGAGAGACGCUGCGAUGAGGGUUAUGCUCUGCCACUGUGUCUGUGUUGGCUUCCCCAAAGCGGAUAAGGGGAAGGGGAUCAGGACCGCCUCCAUCUUCAUCAUCUGAAACUCCAGAAUGAUUUCCGGGAGUAGGGUGGCCCCUUGCUUCAGGGCGUGGUUACUUUCCAGCAAGUACCAUGGCAUCCGGCAGCACUGCCUGCCCUGGGUUCCUCAAGCACAGGCUCAUACUCCAGCCAUCUCACUGGUGAAAUGACAGUGGCAGCAGCCACUCAGCUGGCUCUUGGGGACCAGUGCCAAGCCUCGGGCCUGCAUAGAGGCCACCUCAAAAGAUGCAUGGAUACAUGCUCCCUGGCACUUCCCUGGGUUGUGUCUCUGCCAACCCUAAGCUCUCACCCAGCAAGGUCAUGAAAUCCACUUUUAGGCCCCUUCCCCUAGCAAGCCCCAUGUACCUAAACUUCUGAGUGGUCCAUGUCAAUGUCCCCCGCUGAAUGAAUAAACAAAUGAAGGACAC